AUGAAUAUUAGAAUAAUAAUAUUCCGAGUUCUGUUAAUACUAAAUGUUGUUUCAUAUACAUAUUCAGAAAGGAAAAAACAACUAAUGUCCGAUUCUGAAAUCAUUAUUUCUAUUGAUGAAAAUAUUUCUCUUUUAUUAAAAUUUGCAAGACUGAUUUCAAUUAAAAAAAGUGAGCAAGCAAGAAAGAAAUGUACGAUCGCCUUGAAAAAUUUAAAAACUUUGAAUUCUGCAACAGAAAACGGAAAUGUAAAGAUCAAUCCUUUAACAAACAUCGCUCUAAAUGGUUUGAUUUGGCAUUCAGAUCCUUGUAACGAUCCUAAUCACAUUGUUAAACAUAUUGAGUUAUAUAAUCUUAUUAAAUUUAGCAACCUAUUUAGUCAAAUAUCGAAUCUUAAGCAAGAUUUAAAUAAUAAUAAACAAAUCAAUGUGAGCGUUUUGACUACUAAAUCUUCUUUUCCUCAAUAUGAAAAAAGAUUUAAAAACACUGUAUUUAGAAGUCACAUCAUUUCAAAACCGUUUAUUAAACAUAAAACUUCAACUAAAGCGAUAUCACAAGAAAUACAAUCAAGAAUGGACUCUUUAGCUGUAAAUAAAAAUGAUAGCCAUAAUGCAGUCAAUUCGACUCCGAAUGCCACAAGUAUCCUUGAUGCAUGCGAAACUACAACUUCUCACAGUCAAAACAAUACUAAUAAUGUUGUUCAGUCGGGAAAAGAGAGUAUAGCUAGGGAACUUCAGGAAUUGGCAAGAAUGAAAUCCGUUUCUAGUAAAUCAGCAUCCGGGUUUUCUGAAUCUCUCAGCAGAAUUCUGUCGGAACGGGGUGCUUCAUAA